GGAGAAGUCUAGAGCUAGUCGUCCAGAAAAGUCUCUGCUUUUCUCUUCCUUCUUUCUUCUUAUUAUUCUUCGAAGGUUUUCCCCCAAAAUGCUUCUUUAUUUAAAACCCCACACCAAUCUUUGUUUCUUUGUCACUCACAAUCCAUAACCAGUCCAUCUUUGUCCGUCGUACGUCGUCGUUUUGCACUUUAUCUCUCUGAAAUUUAGGGAUUUGGUGAUCUGCAAAGAAAGAGACAACCCAACAUUUGGGAAUUAAUUAUUGGAGAAUGGUAGGGUUUAUGGGAAUGGGGAUGAGAGGGAACAAGAUGAUGAAGAGGAAAGACCCCGACUUGGACUUGGACGACCUCCACAACGACUUCUCCGACUUCUCUCUCUCCUCUCCCGCCAGAAAGAUUCGCCGCUUGGAUGUGGAACUGCCGCCGAUAAUGGAGGAGGAGGACGAGUCGCCGGAGUUCUCUUGUUCUGCUGCUCCUGCUUUCAUGGAGGAAUCGGAACUGGACACUGUCAAUGACAAAGCGAUCGUCCUGUUCAAGCCGUUGAAUUCCCCAUUUUUUAAUAGCUCAUCUUCUAAUUUAUCGGUCUCUGUUGAUUCUGAUUUGAUCUCUGGCUUCAAGGAUCAAUUUAUCCGCGCAACCACCCAACAGCAACAGAAGAGGGCCACCAUUGGCAUUGAUGAAGACAAAGCUGUUAGCAGCAGCAAUAAGGAAUGCCUAGCUGUUGUUCCGUGGGCACCACCACCCCAUCUGAUUACUCCUCCUACCACCUCGGGAAUAGAGAUUCCGACAACCGAGCCAUCCGAGUUAGCCAUGGAAGCCGACGAUACAAUGGAGAUUGAGGAUACAAUGGCGAUUGAGGAUACCCAUGAGAACACAUCGCAAUUCGGACAAUCUAGUGAUGGGUAUGGCGGGAUCGCAAGUAUGGGGGCAGCUGGCGAAGGCUUACCGCAGUGGCAGCAACAGCACUGCAUGGUGCCACAGCCACCCCACAACACUUCCACACCCAUCACUUGGUUCCAGUGAGACCCACAAAACUGAAUGCUGCUAAUCACUCGUAUUAAUUAAUGUAUUACCUCCCAUUUUUCCGAGUAUGUUGUAGGGUAUUUGGGGUUACGUUAAGAGGACCCCUUUUUCUCUCUCAUGUUCCGGAUGGCCUUUGGCACGAUGAUAGGAUGUUUGUAAUUGUAGUGUCCUUCAAGAUGGAAAUUCAGCUUAUGGAUUGUUAAUAUGUAGUCUCAUAGCAAUGUAGAAAUCUCCUUCUCAAAAGAUUGAUUUUUGUUUUAUGAUA